AGCGCAUCAGCCGCCCCAGCCGGGUGCCCAACCUCCGGGGUCCGCACAGAGCCCGCCCGCCGCCGCGCUGCACGCCCAGAGCGCGCCCUCGGCCCCCGCGGGGACGCAGGGCCCCGCCGCCGUCAUGCUGCCGGUCCUCUACACCGGCCUGGCGGGGCUGCUGCUCCUGCCGCUGCUGCUCAACUUCUGCUGCCCCUACUUGCUGCAGGACGUGCGCUACUUCCUGCGGCUGGCCGGUAUGGCCCGGCGGGUGCACAGCUAUCGGCAGCGGCGGCCGGUGCGCACCCUCCUGCGGGUCUUCCUGGAGAAAGCCCGCCAGACCCCGCACAAGCCUCUGCUGCUCUUCCGCGACGAGACGCUCACCUACGCCCAGGUAGACCGGCGCAGCAACCAGGUGGCGCGAGUGCUGCACGACCAGCUGGGGCUGCGGCAGGGAGACUGCGUGGCGCUCUUCAUGGGCAAUGAGCCGGCCUACGUGUGGCUCUGGCUCGGGCUCCUCAAGCUGGGCUGCCCCAUGGCGUGCCUCAACUACAACAUCCGUGCAAAGUCUCUGCUGCAUUGCUUCCAGUGCUGCGGGGCGAAGGUGCUGCUGGCCGCCCCAGAACUACAGGAAGCUGUUGAAGAGGUGCUGCCAACCCUGAAAAAGGAUGGUGUGUCUGUCUAUUACGUAAGCAGAACUUCCAACACAGACGGGGUGGACUCAUUACUGGACAAAGUAGAUGAAGUGUCGACCGAGCCUAUCCCAGAGUCAUGGAGGUCCCAAGUCACGUUUUCUACUCCUGCCCUAUACAUUUAUACUUCUGGAACCACAGGUCUCCCAAAGGCUGCAACCAUCAAUCAUCAUCGCCUGUGGUAUGGGACAGGCCUUGCUUUGGCAAGUGGGAUUAAGGCAAAUGACAUCAUCUACACCACGCUGCCCUUGUAUCACAGUGCUGCGCUUAUGAUUGGCUUGCACGGAUGUAUCCUGACCGGUGCUACCAUUGCUUUGCGGAGCAAAUUUUCAGCCAGCCAGUUUUGGGAUGACUGCAGAAAAUACAACGUCACUGCCAUUCAGUAUAUCGGUGAAUUGCUUCGGUAUUUAUGCAACACACCGCAGAAACCAAAUGACCGUGAUCACAAAGUGAGACUAGCGCUCGGAAACGGCUUGCGAGGAGAUGUGUGGAGAGAGUUUAUCAAGAGAUUUGGGGACAUUCACAUCUAUGAGUUCUACGCUUCCACUGAAGGCAAUAUCGGAUUUAUGAAUUACCCAAGAAAAGUCGGUGCCGUUGGAAGAGCAAACUACAUACAAAGAAAAGUUGUAACUUACGAGCUGAUUAAAUAUGAUGUGGAGAAGGAUGAGCCUGUCCGUGACGCAAAUGGAUAUUGCAUCAAGGUUCCCAAAGGUGAGGUUGGACUCCUGAUUUGCAAAAUCACACAACUUACACCAUUUAAUGGCUAUGCUGGAGGAAAGUCUCAGACAGAGAAGAAAAAACUAAGAGAUGUUUUUAAGAAGGGGGACCUCUAUUUCAACAGUGGAGAUCUCUUAAUGAUUGAUCAUGAAGAUUUCAUCUAUUUUCACGACAGAGUUGGCGAUACAUUCCGGUGGAAAGGAGAAAACGUGGCCACCACCGAAGUCGCUGACAUAGUAGGACUGGCUGAUUUUGUCCAGGAAGUGAAUGUGUAUGGAGUGCCUGUGCCAGGUCAUGAGGGUCGAAUUGGGAUGGCCUCAAUCAAGGUGAAAGAAAACUAUGAGUUCAAUGGAAAGAAGCUGUUCCAGCACAUUACUGAUUACCUGCCAAGUUAUGCAAGGCCUCGGUUUCUGAGAAUUCAGGACACCAUUGAGAUCACUGGGACUUUCAAGCAUCGCAAAGUAACCCUCAAGGAGGAGGGCUUUAAUCCCACAGUCAUCAAAGACGCCCUGUAUUUCAUGGAUGACAAGGCAAAAGCAUACGUGCCUAUGACUGAGGGCAUUUAUAAUGCCAUAAGUAAUCAAACUCUGAAACUCUGACUAUUCCUAGGAGCCUAGCUCAUAACACUUCCAAAAAGAAACUGAGUGGACCUGCCAUAGCCACUUGUAGAAUCCAACUUUAAAUGAAGAUUGUAAGGUACAACUUUUUAGGAAAUUAUUCAUUUAAAAGGGCAGAGUUUUUUAAUUACACCUGAACCUUUGCAAGCAAAAAGAUUUAGAGAUAAUUAUUUUUCGAUGUGUGCUUGCCAUUUGUAUUUGCAAGCUGGGCUUCUUGGAGGAAGGGCCUUAUUUUUUUUAAAUACAUAAUAAAAUAUAUGAACACUAAACUAUGAAAUGU